AUGGGUGGUAAAAAGGGAGAAGCUUCAUAUCCUCCACCGAAACAGGUUAAAGACUGUCCCGAAUGUGGCACAGCAUUACAGAAAUGUUUAAUCCAACAGAACUAUGCCUUUGUAAUGUGUCCCAAUGACAAAUGUGCAUACCCAUUUAAUCAAAGAGAAAAUAUUCAAAAUUUAGUGUACGUGGACGAUGGGGAAGUUAUAGAUACAGCUACACAAAGAUUAUCUAAGGGUUAG